GGAAGUGGCAGAGCGGAUCAGAUCAGGGGGAUGUGUGUGUUAUGUGUUUCGUGAGUGUGUGCGUCCGACCUGAAGAGGCGAGCGAGAGCCGCUGCGAGAGACCACAGAGGCGAACAUAAGACACCGAGCAGCCACCGGGCGCUGCAGCUGACUUUAGUAAAUGAGCCGCGCCGCGUAGAAAGGCCAUUAUGCGUUCGCAGCGUGAUCUGGGAUGGAGGCGCCGCUAAUGGUGGGGAGGGGGGCCGGAGGAACUGCGAGCUUCGCCCUCAUCGUCAUCGUCCUCCUCUUCUCGGCCAGGGGCUCCCGGGCUCAGAAAGGCGAUGGCUGUGGGCACACAGUGCUGGGUGCAGGAAGCGGCAGUCUGGCGUCUCUGGGCUACCCUCUCUUUUACCCCGCGCACUCAGUGUGUGAGUGGGAGAUUAGCGGGAGCGCCGGGGACACACUCCUCCUGCUUGUGGCAGACCUCGACAUCAAUACACACAACUGCCAGGUGUCCUACCUCCGGCUGUUUGAUGGUAUCGGAGCAGGCAGGACAGAGAUAGUGAAGCUCUGUCACGGAGACGUGAGCGGUCCACGGGAGGUGAAGUCGUCUGGACAUCAGGUCACGGUGCAGUUUAUGAGCGGCCCACACAGCCGCGGGCGAGGCUUCUUCCUCUCCUACGCCAGCAGCCAGCAGCCAGAUCUGAUCUCCUGUCUGGAGAAAGGAAAUGACUUUACCGAAGCCGAGUUCAGUAAGUUAUGUCCUGCCGGGUGUCUGACAGACUUUGGGGAGGUGUCUGGGACCAUACCCCAUGGCUACAGAGACUCCUCGUCUCUGUGUCUGGCCGGUAUCCACGCCGGCGUGGUGUCGAACACACUCGGAGGCCAUGUCAGUGUGGUGAGCAGUACAGGCAUCCCGCACUACGACAGCACGCUGGCCAACAACGUCACGUCUAUAGGAGGGAACCUCUCUCCCAGUCUCUUCACCUUUAGAACCAGCGGCUGCUAUGGUACACUGGGCCUGGAGUCAGGGGUCAUCAGCGAUUCUCAGAUCUCCGUCUCUUCAGUGUGGGAGUGGGGUCGUCACGGCGAUAAUCCUUCAGUGUGGGCACCUUCAGGAGCACGGCUUAAAAAGCCUGGGUUUCCCUGGGCAGCCGCCGACAGCGACACAAAGCAGUGGAUACAAGUGGAUCUGAAGAAAAAGAAACGAGUGACAGGAAUCAUCACCACUGGCUCCACCUUACCCGAUUACCAGUCUUAUGUGUCUGCCUAUCGAGUGCACUACAGCAGCGAUGGACAGAACUGGACAGCCUAUCAGGAAGCAGGCGCAAAUCAAGACAAGGUUUUCCAAGGGAAUACUAACUACCUUCAGGAAGUACGGAACAACUUCAUCCCACCUAUCGAAACCCGGUUUAUCAGAGUGACUCCCGUGCAGUGGCAUCAGAGGAUUGCGCUAAAAAUGGAGCUGCUCGGCUGUCAGUUAUCAGCAAGCCCACGCAGUCCAGUCCCUCCACCCAAAAAAAAAAACACAGCACCUCCACCGCAGGAGCAGACGACGUACACACCUAACGUCCGAAACACCACCGUGCCUCCUCACUCGCAUAACGAGGUGGCCUUAGUGGCCGUGUUGGUUCCCGUGCUGGUGGUGGUUCUCACAGCUCCGGUGCUGUUGAUCGUGUGUGCGUGGCUGUGGAAGAGCAGGAAAAGUCCUGAAGCGACAUAUGACCUUCCGCAUUGGGACCGCACAGUGUGGUGGAAGAGCAUGAAGCAGCUGUUGCCUUCAAAGCUGGACGGGGAGGAGUGUGUGCGCUACAGCGCUACUGCACGAACUGAGCACCAGAGACCACGGGUAGAACCUGCAGAAUAUGCUCAGCCUCUGGUAAGCGGUACCAUGGCCUCUCUGGGUCAGAGGUCAACAUUUAAGCCCGAAGAAGGAGCCGACCCUGAGUACGAUGCCCCCUUGACCCCUGAGCAAUAUCACGCCUAUGCUGAACCGCUCCCUGCCUCUGGAACAGAGUACGCCAUUCCCAUCACGAUCGACAGGGCCAAUCACAUAUCAGCAGGCACUCUGCCUUUCCGAGGACAGGGAUUAGUAGCCCGAACAGACAGCAACCAAUCAGGGAGCUCUGUGUCUAUGUACGACACGCCUAAAAGCACAUCCGACCAAACCGCACCUACAGACGGCCAAAUAUAUCAGGUGCCUCAGAAUUCCCACAGUGCACCGUGCCAGGAAAUAGACUGACCAGAACCAGAGCACGGUGCUCAAAUCUGAUCCGAUUCCCAGACUGACCGUCAGAAUCUGAAGAGCGUGCAUGUGUGGAAGUGCAUGUUUGUGCUUGUAGCUGUGUGUGCAAACGUCAUAGUCCUGGUCUCCUCUGCAUGCCAUAGCAGUCCUGUCACUGAAUAACGCCAGGAGUGUGUGAGAGAGAGGAGUGAGGCAGUGGGAGACUGUUACACUACUGUUUUAGGUCGUGUCUAUCUGUGUGUGUGUAUGAAUGUUCUCUGAUGUUAAACUGUGAGUUCCUGUACAUGUUCUUUCAUGCUGAGAGGAAUCAGUCCCAAAGUCUUACUCAUAAUGAUCUAUUUCACAACUUGGUGCAUGCUCAUGGUGGGUUACACUGUUUCUAUUAACCUGUACCAAACGUAAAAGGUCCUCCUUACACUUAAAAAGACCCCUUUUUGCUGCAAAAAAUAAGAAAAUGUAACGUAACCUAAGCGGUCACCAUCAAUAGGUUCCUGCUAGGUUGCAUGUUCAGCAUUAAUAACCUGCACAAGCAGGAUAUUAGCUGGAAAAAUGGUACAUCAACUUUCUGAAGCGUUUUCUCAUCACCAUCUAUUCAAAAGUAUGUUCUUUUUUUCUGCCUCAAAAAAAAUCUGUCACUGUUCUGAAAAUAAAUGUUUUUUUGGGGGUUUUUUUUCAUAUUACUUUCCUGCUGAGAUAUGACAGCUAUGUGGAGUGCCAAAACCACUAGCAGACCGUGCCUAAAAUCUCCAGCGCUCACGGAUGCACUGUUGUCAUAGAUACACUGUUGCCUUGGGGCGCCUUGCUGAAUGUGACUCUUUCAUGCUGAAGGAACAUAAAGUAUGCAGUAAAGAUGCCACCGUGCUUGCCAUUAAGUAAAUAUACCUUGUUUCGAGGCUUUGUUUACCGAUAACGCUAAACAAUGACACGCUUUAAUUAAACGGUGUAACAUCCUAACAUUCAACCAAAAAGUUACUUUCAGGAUGUACUUUGUGCUCGAGUGUGUGAUUUACUGCAUGAACAUGGGAUCGAUCAGCAGAUCUUCACCUUCACCUUCACUGCAGUUCACUGAGUGUAAAGUGUGUUUUAUGGUACUAACAUGUCAGUGUUCAGUUCAGAAUAUUAACCAAAGUGGAAGCUCCAUCACUGAGACUUUCAGAGUGCGUGUGUGUGUGAGAGAGUGAUCUGUUUCAAUGUCUGUUUUAAUAUCCAUGAGUUCUGAUGAUGUUGAUGAGGCUGUUUCUUGUAUCUGUCAUGUGCACUGUAUUCAUAAUUUCAUAAUUGUGUGUGUAUGUGUGUGUGUCUGCUAUUCACUGUAAGUGGGUUCUGAAUUACGGUUUGUACUGUAGAAUGACUGUAAAGAAUGACUGUAUAGAAAAUCGCAAAGUUUUAAUAAAAAUAUGACUACA